CGACUGGUAUUUUGAAUCUCAUCGCCACGCUAAGGUUCGAGUAACUCCACGGGUUUCGUUGGACGUUGAGCAAAAACAGUGGCCUUCCCCGUGUGACAUUCACGGUACUUCUGUUAAAUGCACGACGUCAAGGACGCGCCGUGCACGUCGCGUUUGAACCGUGUUUGUACUGCAAACACAAAAGCCUGGCAUGUAAAGUAGUCACUCAUCCGUCCGCUCGUCGUUCCUUAUUUAUCUUCCAUCUACUCAUUAAAGUUCCUCGUCGGGCGGAGCUCAUCGCAGAGCGCAUUCUUGCCAAUCGCGCCGGUUAAUAGUUAUCUUGAUGUUAUAGUUAUGAGUAAGAACUCGUGUGUGAAAGGAAAAGAGCAGCGGUGGUAAUAAUGUCAUAAACAUGUAGACAGGGGGCGAGGCAAGAGAAAACCAGAGGUUGGAGUGAAAGCCAGCGUUUGUGACGUGGUUUACAGAACUUGGGCUGGAAAAGGAAAGGCAUCCACCGCAGGCCAUAAAGCUUCUUCGCAUCAGAUCACGUUCCGUGUUCACAGGACAUUUUCAGGCAUUUGGAUCCUGUCACCAGAUGAGCGUGUCAUUGUUUUGCUCUCUGUCGAUGUCUUGGUUUUCACGAGCUCGAAGAGAAACGGACUAAAAGCCUGAACAUCUGUAAAAAGAUGUCUUUUUUCCGAUCACCGCAAGAAAACUUUUUUAUAUUUGCACAGUGGAUGUGUGUUUAACGAUAAGUGUUUUUACUCGGACUCCUGUCUGGAUUAUUUACUUGGUAGCGCUUCUGUUUGCUGCUGUUUGCUCUAUUUAUCUAUCUGUCCUAAUCGCUACUUGGCAGCUCAAACAUGACACUUUAUAUAGAAGGUCUUAUUAAAGGACCAGCCAACGAAGGGAUGGCUCAGUUCCAGGAAAUGAUGCGGCAGCAGCUGGAGAGCUCCAUGCACACGGAGCUGGAGAAACUGCUGGACACUGCCAAAGCAGCAGAGAAAGAGGUGUCCAAGAAAGACUUUGAAGGCUUCAAGAAUCUUUACCACAGAUUUCUGCAGGUCAAGGGACCAUCAAUAGAGUGGAUUAAGAUAAAGAGACCCCCAGAGGACUCAAUCCAACCCUACGAUAAGAUCGCCGCUCGAGGCCUCCCGGACAACGUAGCCGACAGCCUGAACAAGCUGGUGGUGGUGAAGCUGAACGGAGGCCUGGGCACCAGCAUGGGCUGCAAGGGCCCCAAGAGCCUGAUCAGCGUCCGCAACGAGAACACCUUCCUGGACCUCACUGUUCAGCAGAUAGAGCACCUGAACAAGACUUACAACACAGACGUGCCCCUGGUCCUCAUGAACUCCUUUAACACGGACGAAGACACUAAGAAGAUCCUGCAGAAGUACACGCACCAUCGCGUCAAGAUACACACCUUCAACCAGAGCAGGUACCCUCGCAUCAACAAAGAGUCCCUCCUCCCUGUGGCCACCGGCCUGGCCAUGACGGGGCAGAAUGCGGAGGGCUGGUACCCUCCGGGCCACGGCGACAUCUACGCCAGCUUCUACAACUCGGGCCUGUUGAACGAGCUCAUCGCUCAGGGCAAGGAGUACAUAUUUGUGUCCAACAUCGACAACCUGGGAGCCACCGUGGACCUGCACAUCCUGCACCACCUGGUCAGCCAGCCCAACGGCAAGCGCUGCGAGUUCGUCAUGGAGGUGACGGACAAAACCCGUGCCGACGUCAAGGGUGGAACCCUGAUCCAGUACGAGGGGAAGCUGCGGCUGCUGGAGAUCGCACAAGUGCCCAAGGCCCACGUGGACGAAUUCAAGUCGGUGUCGAAGUUCAAGAUCUUCAACACCAACAACCUCUGGAUCUCCCUGGCCGCUAUCAAGAGGCUCCAGGAAGACAAGGCCAUGGACAUGGAGAUCAUAGUCAACCCCAAGACGCUGGACGGGGGGCAGAACGUCAUCCAGCUGGAGACGGCGGUGGGCGCCGCCAUCAAAUGCUUCGACAACGCUCUGGGAAUAAACGUGCCUCGCAGCCGCUUCCUGCCCGUCAAGACCACGUCCGACCUGCUGCUGGUCAUGUCCAACCUGUACAGCCUGGACGCCGGCUCCCUCAACAUGAGCCCCAAGAGGGAGUUCCCAACCACCCCACACGUCAAACUGGGCAGCUCCUUCACCAAGGUCCAGGAGUACUUGACUCGCUUCGAGAGCAUCCCCGACAUGCUGGAGCUCGACCACCUGACUGUGUCUGGAGACGUGACCUUUGGGAAGAACGUCUCGCUCAAGGGCACCGUCAUCAUCAUCGCCAACCACGGCGAUCGGAUCGACAUUCCUGCCGGCUCCAUGCUGGAGAACAAAAUCGUAUCCGGAAACCUUCGCAUCCUCGACCACUGAGGCCUUUUCCACACCCUCGUACCUCACCGCCCUCUCUUAUCAAGUGACCUAGUUGGCCUGAUCCCAGUCAUGUGACAUGUCAUGUUUACCCGACACCAACAGAUUGUAAGAAGAAGUGGUUUUCCCUCAUAGGCUUCGUGUGAUUGCAUGUGCAGUGAUAUUCUAGUCAUUUACAUGGUUAAUGUAAAUGUAGCGGGUGUAUACUGCCCCCUGCUGGCCGAUUGCCAUUUAUUAUAUAAUAUAAAACUCCUGGAGUAUUAACUGUAGACAUAGCUGUCAUAUUUAAUGUAUCUAUAAAAACGGAGAAUGGAGUACAUUUAAAAUUAAACUAUUUCAGAUUUUUGAAAAAUAAAAUCUACAAGUAAUAUUCAAACAAAGUCCCGUCAAAAUGAUAAACAUACAAACCUUCACCUGCACAGUGUAGUUUCACAGAGCUACAGUCAUGGAGGAGAUCUGACUUAUUUCAGAGAAGACUUCGUUUAGUUUCCCCUCUCAGCUAGAGCUGAUUUAUUCAGACCUGCUCUACACACGUCCAGGAUCAGUCACCAAAUCACUGCAUCCCCAGGAACCGCACAACCUUCACCAUCAUUUCUAAAGACAAACGAUUUAUUAGAUCUCUAUCUGAAGCUUUGACUCCAGAUGCUUUAAUUACAUUGUCCCAGUGAUUUGACUUCCCCCAGUUUUUAGAAGCAGAUGAAAACAUUCCUUCAUUUCCAUUACCUCCAUAAGAAAUAAACUGCCACUGACCUUCCAGAGCAACGGCAGCUAUGAAAUCAUCCCUGAACACUGAACGUCCGGGUCCACGUGAACCUCAUCCUGACUCAUUAGAGGAGGAUGUGAGGUGUCACCAAUGCCUGAGCAGCCUCUGUGUGUGUGUUUGUUAUUGUCGUCCUGCUUUGUAGUGAUUCAUAACCAGACGACUCACACUGUGCUUUACUUUGGUUUGUUCAUCAGACCUCACGCAUCCAUUCCUGUGUCAAACCUCACUAUUCCUCUGUCCACCCUGCAUUUAUCAACUCAGUGUAAAACAGGACGUGCAAUAUUUUCUGCUGUUUUUACAUGUAUGGACGUUUGUCUUUCUGUGGUUGUGGGAGACCGUGAGUAUUCACUCCUCUGCCGGACCUAGACCGGACUUAGCUUUACCAUAAAACCAUGUGUCCGCCACUUAACGGACUCUCAAGGACUGAUGAAAGUCUUCAGAUCAUAUGAAGUAAAAUGUGUCCACACAACAAUGGAAAGACAAACAGACUUUAAUCACGCGUACGCAAAGUUUCAGUGUGAAAAUCCUUGAGGCGCGUCCGAAGUCCAGGAGUCUGAGAGCAAUAAGUGUUGAACUGUGACAGUGACGAGGUCUCAGCUGAGCUCCGCGCGGCCUCCUCAGAGCUGAAUAAAGUGCAAUAUGGAAAACGGA